AAUCCGGAAGAGUGUAUCGGGGCUGUUCGAUCAUGGAGAUGAGGGCAUGGAUGGCGGUGGAGAAAGCGAGGAGGAUCGUACGGACGGCUUUCUUCAUGGUGGUGAUGUUGGCAUCGCUUCUAGCAUCGUCCCUGCCGUUGCUGGUGGCGAUAUGCGACAUCACAGUCCCUUUCCUUUUACUCUCAAGCUUCACUUGCGUCACGUGCCACGGUUUCCAGGAGCACCUUCGUCGUUACGAUUUCAAAAACUCCUUAACUGAUAUCCCUCUCGUCUCCAUCCUCAGAUCUGUUGUCAUCGCUUGUGUAUAUUCGAUGUGUGACGGUCCGGCGUUAUCCCAUGGACCUUACUUAGGAUCUGUUACUUUAUGUUCAUUCAUUUCGAUUAUUCUGCUUUCAGUUAAAGCGUGUGUUUUUACGGUGAAUUCUCAAAUAGAGGCAGAGGCAGGUGUAGAGGCAUCUCCGGCUUAUUCCAUUUCAAAGCAAAGGCUUCAUAUGAAGAAAUCAUGGGGGCUUCCUGUUUUGUUUCUUUCGUCAGUAGUUUUCGCACUUGGUCACACUGUAGUUGCUUACAGAACAAGCUGUAGAGCAAGAAGAAAGCUUUUCCUUCAUCGAGUUGACCCUGAAGCUGUUCUUUCAUGCAAAAAUGUUUUCUCCAGCUUCCAGAAGGUUCCACGAUCUCCCACUCCCUCUGCAGGGAAAACUCCAAAAAGCGAUAGUGAAACAAGGCGAAAUCCUUUCAAGCAAUCUCGAGAUGAAGGGGAACUCCCUGUUAGAUUACUUGCUGACAUAGAUAGUUUGUUCAUUAAACUGCAAGGGCUUACCAUUCAUUACAAGCUCUGCUUUCCUGGUUCUCCCACUAGGUCUUUGUCGUCUACUUCACCACAAGUUUCUCCUGGAAAGCUAAAGCUUGAUAGGCAAGCACUAUGCGUGUUGUCGAAGACACAACAUCACCAUCUUCAUAGAAGCUACAGCAAUCAGUUUCACAGCUCUUCACUUUAUGCUCCAUUGUUGGAUGGGUCACCAAACUCUCCUGUUCUUUCUGAAGAUAUUCCCGUUUUGAGCCUUGAGGAUUCAGUUGCUCAAGUUGAGACAAGUCAUUUGAGCUCUGGGAGUCUAGAGCAAGACAUAGAGGCAAAUGUCCAGCUUGGCAUUGUUUUAGUGCAUGGGUUUGGAGGGGGAGUCUUCUCAUGGAGGCAUGUGAUAGGAGUGCUUGCUCGUCAGGUUGGUUGUUUAGUAGCUGCUUUUGAUCGACCUGGCUGGGGAUUGACUUCUAGGCCCAGCCGGAAGGACUGGGAGGGAAAAGAGUUACCCAACCCUUACAAGCUUGAGACUCAGGUCGAUUUGCUUCUUUCCUUUUGCCAUGAGGUGGGAUUUUCUUCAGUGGUGCUUGUUGGCCACGACGAUGGAGGCCUGCUUGCUUUGAAGGCCGCACAAAAAGUCCAAGCCUCAACAAAUUCUUUCAAUAUUACAAUCAAAGCUGUGGUUUUGCUAAGUGUUAGCUUGUCAAGAGAAGUUGUCCCUGCCUUUGCAAGGAUACUCUUGCGUACUUCACUUGGGAAGAAGCACUUAGUUCGUCCGCUUCUGCGAACAGAAAUUACGCAAGUGGUGAAUAGGCGUGCGUGGUAUGAUUCGACUAAGUUAACUACUGAAGUUUUGAGCCUCUAUAAGGCCCCACUAUGUGUAGAGGGUUGGGAUGAGGCACUUCAUGAGAUAUGCCGCUUGUCACAUGAGACAAUCCUUUCACCACAAAAUGCAACAUUACUCCUGAACGCGGUUGAAGAGAUGCCGGUAUUGGUCAUUGCUGGUGCUGAAGAUUCCCAUAUUUCUCUCAAAUCAUCCCAGGCCAUGGCUUCAGAACUUGUAAAUUCUAGGCUGAUUGCAAUAUCCGGGUGUGGCCAUCUACCUCACGAGGAAUGCCCCAAGGCAUUACUUGCAGCUAUUUCACCUUUCAUAAGCAGAUUGGUAAACAAAUCAGAAUUGCAAAGAGUCUGUAGGACACCUCCUUUUUGACAUAAUUCAAAUAGGACUCUCAUCUCUUGUAGGAGUUUUCUAUCUAUAUCUUUAAUGUUACCUUCCACUUC